AUGUGUGAAAGCGAUGAUGAAAGCGAGAGGUGGUGUGCUGUGUGCAAUGACAUAUCUUCUGGUUAUCAUUAUGGAGCAAACACUUGUGAAGGAUGCAAAAGUUUCUUUAAAAGAACAGUUCAGAAAGAUCUACAUGAAAAAUACAAGUGUAGUGGAAAAGAUGACUGUCCAGUGGAUAGAAAGUCACGAGCCAAAUGUCCAUCCUGUAGACUGAACAAGUGUUUUGCGGUGGGAAUGGUAUUAGAAGGUAUUAGCUCUUGUCAUAUUCUUUGAAAGAAGUAUUAUCAUACAUUACGUCAUUCUGUGGGGGUAGUAUGAGGGUGACAAAGAAAGAAGCUAAAAAUCACUAAUAAUCACUGAUUGAAAAAAUUAAUUAAGCAGUAUUAACUUAACAGCAACAGAAUGCCUAAUCAGUAGCCUGCAAUUACAUCCACCUCUCAUCACUUCAUGCCACUUGCAGCCGGAGCCACAGACAUAACUUAAUCUUGGUUAGUGAUGUCUGUGAAGCAGCAGCGUGAUCCUUGUUUUGGGUCCAGAAUGCACUCAGUAAAUUACCAGAAGUAUGUUGUGAAUUUCCCUUCAACCUCUGAUUGGCAAAUUUACAAUAGCUUUUUUUAACAGGUCAAUCAUAGCACAAAAUCCUUACACAGGUGAGAACCCAGACAAGGAUUUCAGCGCUGUUUUGCAGACGGAUUUAACAAGAGUUUAUUGCAUGAGGCCCUCCUAGGGAAGUUACACAUGUCCCUAGUCUGAAUUUCAAAACCUGUCAUUUUGUGUUCAUAUUGAGCAGGAAAGCCAUGUCGCUCUUCAUAUUUCACUAUUGUAUAAAUUUUUACUUUUCUCUGUCGCUGUCGCAGGUUCAACCUAUCUUUGUAUUGUUUGUUGCCACUUCAUCUGUCUUCAUGUUCCAAGGCCAUAUUGCUUAUUGCCAUUUUACCCUAACAAGGCCUCUUUAGCUUUGUCUGUGGUACAGACCACUACUUGGGGUGUUUCGCGAGAGAGAUGUCUGCAAUUCAGCCUCAAAAAUUCCAUAUACAGAUAACGUAAAUUUAUCCCGAACCUGGUCAACAUACAGUAAUUGGUAGACAUAGAAAUUGUAUUGUGGCUAUGUUUACAAAUGACAGAUAAGAGGCUACAAAGAUCAAAUAUAAAUGUCCAUAGUGGCAGGGAGCAAUGAGUGGUGUCUGUAUUCACAGGCUACUAAAUACAAAUGUACAUAAAGCACUGGUUUACUACUUAUUGCUUAUCAUGAAAUAGAUGCCGAGUGUGUUUGCCAAUCAGAGCAGAGACUUUGUGAUGAUAUAUCGGUUGCUUUCUGCUGACAAUUAAUUGGCGCGGGUGAAAGGGCUUAAUCUAAUUUGGUCACUUUUCAAAAGAUCACGGGGCAAAAGGUGGGGUUGAGAUGCAGGACUAAAUAUUACUGACAGUGCUGUAUAUUCCUGGGUUUGUUAUUCUUCGUUUCCACUCCCAGGAUUACCAGAAAUAAACAAUUUAUUUAAGAAAAUGCCAAGUUUCUUUUGUACAACACUAAAAACAGUUUUUACGGAUCAAUAUCUUCUUUUUCUAAAGAGUUUGAAAGAUGUUUUUAGGAAUCUUAUUGUUUUUGCAGCAGUGAAGCACUGUAUUCGCUCUUUAUAAACUUGAUAUUUAUCCUUAAAUUAUGCCUGUAGGAAGAUUUUCAUUCCAUUGUUAUUUUUUUGUUUGUCUUUUGUUGUAAAAUGAUAUCUACACUUUUUACCAGGGGUGAGAAAAGAAAAAAAGCGUGGUGGACGAUCAUUUUAUCCACUCAAAAAGAAGAAGUGCGACCAGGAGACUCAAACAGGAAGUGAAACUUCUUCAAAUGAGGAGACGAACAAAAGCAAUAUCAAAUAUUGCUCUGAUCUCAUUGAAAACUUAAUGAGCAGCAGUCCUUGUAUUGUACCUCCAGGAGAAACAGCAAGUGACUCUAGUGACUCUGUAAAUGAAAGCCGCGAAGGAGUUCUUACUAGACUUUCAAACGCAAUCACUAAAGAACUGUUCUUGAUCGUGGAAUGGGCCAAAUUGGUUCCUGGAUUCAAUGAGCUUUGUCGGCAGGAUCAGAUUGCUCUUUUAACAGCUGGUGGCAUGGAACUGAUUGUUUUUAGGGUCAUCUAUAGGUCGAUUCCAUACAAGGAGCAAGUGUAUAUGAACACAACAUCACUACUUACGAAAGAAGAAUGUUACAAUGUACUGAACAAAGAAAUUGUUGACAUGAUUUUAGAUGUUGUGGAGAGACUACGGCCUCUCUCUAUAGAUGAUGUGGAAUUUGCUUGUUUGAAGACCAUCCUUCUAAUUGAUCCAGGUAUUGAAGGCAUUCUUGGCUUAAUUUUUAUGUACUUGUACCUUGAUAGUAUUCAAUUAAGUGUAAGUAUUAUAAUUUAGGCAAGGAAAGGGUAAUUUAAAUCAAUAUUUAAGUAGCCUGAAUUUCAUCUGGUUACUUCAAUUCAUUAUUACUCUCUCAAACACGUCUGAAUCAACCAGCUGUUAAUGCCGUCCAGUGAUGUCACUAUAUAAAACUUGUUUGCUUUAAUUCAUGCAAAACGUAAAACACAAUUGGCAAACCAAGAAAUAUCAUUUGGAAAUGUGUACAUGAUACAGAACAGCUGACAGAAUUGCUUUACUCUUUUGGAUCGUAAUUCAUGUUUAACGUUCAAACUAUCAACUGCGUGCAGUACUCUGAAGUAGUUGUAAUUCAGACUCAUUCACAAUCACGCAAUGAAAUAAAUACGCAUACAAAACACUUAUGGAAGUUCAAAAACGCAACAAUUUCCUUUAAUUGAAAAGAAGCUUAACAAAUAAAAAACAAAACAAGGAAACAAGAAAGAAAAGCUAACAGAAUCACUACACUUGACAGUGAUAAUAUGAAGAAGGUCAAAUGACAACAUGACAUUGGUCUCAGAAACUUCGCAUAAACAAAAUCACUGCGGAAACCACAAUGCACCUCUAAAUGAAAAACCUACUGACUCUCCGCAAUGAUUCUUCAUUUGCAGUUCAAUUCAGUUUUGAAGACAAUGAAGGGCAGUUUUGCUGUUUACAAUAAAGAUUAUCGAAAUGUUUGAACUCCACUCAAGCAUGCCACCGAUGCGAUCCACUGAAUAUCAACCAACAAUCCCACUAAAAUUUUUUCCUAAUUAUACAUAAUUAUGAGAAUAUUUAGACAAUUAACCAAUCAAAAUCACUACCUGGUUUUUGGGUAGUAGUGACAUCACUGAACAGCAUUAAUGGCUGGUCGAUUCAGAUGUUGCUGAGAGGAGAAAACAACUCAAAGCAAUCGGAUGAAAUUCAGGCUAAUAUUUAAGGUAAAAAUCAAAUUUUGAAUAAAAAGAAAAUGCAUAGGAAAAUUAUGAUAAACAAAAAAAUGGCUGGGAAAAUAUGCAUUGUAUUAGUCUGUUGACCUGUCAUCAGGGAUGGAUUCUCAAAGUAAAAUUAUUGUAGAGUAUUCUUUAGACCUUACAUUACUGCUGAUCUUUUUAGGUCAGUAUAUGUAAUUGUUGUUAAAAAUUAUAAUUAUUUCAACUUUUGAUAGAGACACCAGGACUCUCUGACAAGACAGCUGUUUCAACGCUUCAAGGCGCUUAUCUUGCAGCUCUCAAGGAGCAUAUGACUGCAACAUACCCAGACCAAAGUGGACGUUUUGCAAAGCUACUGCUACGGCUUCCAGCAUUGCGAGAUGUUUGCACCAAGGGAUACCAGUAUUUUUUACUGGUGAGAGCCAAGUUGGAAGGCGAGGUACCCAUGUCCACUCUACUGCAGGAGAUGUUUGAAUCAGCAAGGUUUUAG